AUGGAUCUGUCUUUUAGAGCAGUUACAGAUGUUCGACGUAGAUGUCCGGUGCCGAGUACCCAACUUUGCGCGACAUCUCAAAAAAGUAGAUUUAUCAAGGGGAGUAAUCAGCGUAACGAGGGCCUCAACUGGAUUCGAAAUUAUACCCACUGGCCAGGGCAAAAGGGUGUUGUGUAUUUCGCAGACGACGACAAUACCUAUGACCCAAGGGUUUUUGAAGAAGUAAGCGUCCAAUCUACAUGUACGAUUCCUAAUGCAUUCAAGAUGCGUAAAACCAAACGUGGUUCCACAUGGCCGGUUGGUCUUGUCGGCGGCCGAGUUCGGGAAGGUUGCGUAACGGACGAACGGGAUCCGACAAAGAUCAUCAGUUUCGACGCUACUUUCAGACCUAAACGGAAGUUCCCUCUCGACAUGGCGGGCUUUGCAGUAAACCUAGAGCUGAUUCAUCGGUAUCGUCAGGCUGCUUUCGACUACGUCCAUAAAAAUGAACAGGAAGGUUGGCUCUUAUCUCAACUGGGAUUCAAUAAUGCCUAUGAGCUGGAGCCCAAAGCCAAUGGAUGCAGUGAGGUAAGAUAA